UUCUUUCUCUCUUCUCUUACUCUAACUCUCUCUCUCUCUCUCUCUCUCUCUCUCUCUCUCUCUCUCUCUCUCUCUCUCUCUCUCUCUCUCUCUUUCUGCUACUCGAAAUGCCUGCUGCUGCGAGCGCGUCUGGCUCGCGUACCUUCACUUGGGAGGAGGUCGCCAAGCACAACACCCCGAACGACCUCUACGUUUCCAUCCGCGGCAAGGUUUACGACAUUACCCCGUUCCUCAACCGCCAUCCCGGUGGUGUCGAUGCGCUGCUGACCUCGGCUGGUCGCGACGUCACGCAAGUCUUUGAAAUGUACCACGCGUUGGACAACAGCAAGAAUCUCACAAAGUUCUACAUUGGUGAUCUUGUCACCAACGAGCUCCCCGUCUUCCCGGAGCCCAGCCCCUUCUUUGUGGCCAUCAAGCAGCGAGUCGCCGACUACUUUGUGCAAACCAAGCAAGACCCGAAGUGGGCGCCGUGGAUGUUUGUUCGCUACUUUUGGAUUCUGUUCACCGUGAUUGCGUCGUGGUACGGCCAGCUGUUUGUCUUCCGCGACAACACCCCCGUGCAAAUCCUUCUCGCGUUCGCGCAAGGCAUGGCGUGCGCUCUUAUUGGCCUGAUGCCGAUGCACGAUGCUAGCCACUUUAGCAUCACUCGCAACCAGACUGUCUGGCGUGUUCUCGGUGCUACCCACGACAUUUUCAACGGUGCUUCCUUCCUUGUUUGGCUCUAUCAGCACAUGCUUGGCCACCACCCUUACACCAACAUUGAUGGCGCCGACCCAGAUAUUGUCACUGGCGAAAAGGACGUCCGUCGCAUCAAGACGACUCAGCCCUGGUACUCGUUCUACUACAACCAGCACGUCUAUGUCCCCAUGCUCUACGCCUUCCUUGGUGUCAAGACCCGCGUUCAAGACGUCAGCAUCAUGUUCACCCUGCGCAAGAACGGUGCCAUCCGCACCAACGAGCUGUCCGACUAUCACUUUAAGAUUUUCGUUGCUGGCAAGGCCCUCUUCGUGCUGCACCGCAUCGUUUUGCCGCUCGUUCUCCUCCCCACUUGGAAGUUCUUCUUGCUCUUCGCCGUCACCGACAUGGUCUCCUCUUACUGGCUUGCCCUGACCUUCCAAGCCAACCACGUCGUCGACACUGUCGACUGGCCGUUGCCCGACAAGGAUGGCCGCAUCAACCAGGAUUGGGCUGAGAUGCAGAUCUGCACCACCCAAGACUAUGCGCACGACUCGUGGUUCUGGAACUUUUUCGCUGGCGCCCUCAACCACCAGACGACCCAUCACCUCUUCCCCGGUGUCUCCCAGUACUACUACCCCGAGAUCUCUCCGAUCGUUGCCAAGACCGCGAAGGAGUUUGGCCUGCCCUACAACUACAAGGCAACCUUCCUUGAGGCGUUGGGCACUCACGUUGGUCACUUGCGCAACCUCGGUCGCGACACCAACAAGAAGUCCAAGUAAACGUUGAUGCUGAUUCAUUUUUUUCUUCAUUUUUCUUCGCCUUGUUGUUGUUGUUGCGUGCCGUCAGUUUCCAUUCUAUUGUCAAAUAAUGUCACGCGCAUACGCCAUUCCCCCGUGUAUCAUCGUCUUCCAAGCGGGAGAGUGCUGGACGCGUUUUGAAAGUGGG